GUAACGAGUAACGGUUUUGACUUUGCUGUAUCUUUAUUUAAACCCCAUUUCAUUUUCUCCGUUUAACCCCUCUUCCUUUUCUUCUCCUUCAAAACUUCAAACAACUGCUAUUUCCAUAAUUCUCAUUUCUGAUCGAAAAAUGGAUCAAAAGGACUCAUUUCAUUCUGCCGAAACAGACCCUAAAUACGACUGCGUUCUUUUUGAUGUGGAUGAUACCCUUUAUCCUUUCAGUUCUGGUUUGGCUGUGGAGUGUAGAAAGAACAUUGAAGAAUAUAUGCGUCAAAAACUUGGUAUAGAUGAAACGAAAAUUGAAGAAUUAUGUACUCAACUUUACAAGAUCUAUGGGACAACAAUGGCUGGACUUAGAGCAAUUGGUUAUGAUUUUGACUACGACGAUUUCCACAGUUUUGUCCAUGGAAGAUUACCGUAUAAUCAAAGGCUUAAACCAGAUCCUGUUCUUAGGAGUAUAUUGUUAAGCUUGCCUCUUCGAAAAGUUAUAUUUACAAACUCGAAUGAGGCCCAUGCUGCAGAAGUUCUUAAGGUGCUUGGAUUGGAAGGUUGUUUCGAAAGCAUUAUCUGUUUUGAGACCCUGAAUCCAACCAAUAGUUCUGAUAAAGGUGACUGUAAGGCUGGGGAUUUGGAAACGACACCCAUUACUACACCUUUUGACAUUAUGGGAUAUGGUUCCCAACCUAAUGCUGAUACAGUACUUCCUAAGACACCAAUACUUUGCAAACCGUCUGAAGCUGCCUUCGAACGGGCUCUUGAGAUAGCCAACAUCAAUCAGAAGAGAACAGUAUUCUUUGAUGACAGUGUUCGCAACAUUCAGUCAGGAAAACUUAUUGGUCUCCACACUGUACUUGUCGGCACUUCUCAACGAAUCAAAGGUGCAGAUUAUGCUCUGGAAAGCAUUCAUAACAUCACAGAGGCUUUGCCAGAAUUAUGGGGAGUUGACGGAAAUUCAGGGAAGGUUUUGUACUCUGGCAAGGUUGCAAUAGAGGCAACAGUGACAGCUUAGUAUAGCGAAGUGUGGAUCUGCGUUGUUUCUGAACCAAAUUCAGUCUCUGUAUAUCUUAUCUUUGACGAAGGGCUUAGAUGCAUUAUAUCACAUAAAUUAACUCUACGUUAUAGCUUUCAAUGAAUAAAUUGAAUAAGCUUCUACUUUCUUUGGUUUAAUCUAAAGGUUAAAAGGUGUAAUCUUUCUUGAAAUGAAAAUGAAGAACACUGUAAGACAGUACUAUAACCGGUUAUAUUAUUUUAGACAUUGCAGGUUUAUUUACAAAAA